UGAAGUGUUCAACCAAUUUAGUAACACUUACACAAAACAUAUUAAGUUCCAUACCAUUGCUUUCUUUCUCAAUCUAGUCAGUAACAAAUCGCAUUCAUAAGAUAAGAUACAAAAAUAUAGUAAUCUUAUCCUGUUUUACUAAAAUUAAAUAAUUUAUGAUGUAAUACUUAACAUAUAAUAAAUUAUUAUUCAACAAUUAUUAAUUUUGUACGAAACUAAACAAGAAAAUUCAUGUCCAAACCAAACUCUUCUAAACCACUAACCCAAAUGGAUCUUAAUCUUCACUCUCACUCUCACUUGCUAGCAAUUCCAGGCCUAGGACUGUUGUUGUUGCUUACUCUGUAUCUAUGGAGGAAAUCAAUGAAAAUUCCCACCACCAACUUAGCCCCAGAGCUCUCUGGAGCCUUACCACUCAUAGGUCAUCUCCACAAGAUCAAUUCCCAGAAGCCAAUUUUCCGAACCUUAGCAGAAUUCGCCGAUAAAUACGGUCCAAUCUUCAGGUUCCGUCUUGGGGUUCACCCUAUUCUUGUGAUAAGCAACUACGAAGCUGUCAAAGAAUGUUUCACCACAAACGACCAGACCUUCGCCUCGCGGCCAAGGUCAGCUCAUGGGACCAUCCUCGGCUACAACUACGCAGCUUUCGGGUUCGCGCCAUACGGACCGUACUGGCGAACCAUUAAGAAAUUGGUCAUGGUCGAGCUUCUCUCGAGUCGAAGACUUGAAAAACUCAAGCAUGUGCAAAAAACAGAGGUUCAAACCUUGAUCAAAGACUUGUAUGGUUGUUGUGAUUUAACAACUAAGGUUGGUGUUGUGAUUAGUGAUUGGAUUGAACGCUUUACUUUGAACAUAAUAACUGAGAUUACUGCUUCAAAGAGGUAUUUUGAGAGUGGAAGAGGAAUCUAUGAUGAUGGUGAGGCUCAGAGGAUUGGUAAGCUUAUAAAGGAGUUUAUGUACAUAUCUGGGGUUCCUGUGGUUUCUGAUUUGAUCCCAGUUCCCAAAUGGAUUGAUAUUCAGGGACGUUUGAAAUCUAUGAAGAGAAUUGGGAAGGAGGUUGAUGAUUUGAUUGGGAGUUGGGUUGAGGAACAUAUCAAGAAAAAUGAUGAUAUUAAGAGUUUGAGUGGAGAAGAAUCAAAUGAGAAUAAGAAGGAUUUCAUUGAUGUUAUGUUGUCUGUUGUUGAGGAAAAUUCUGGGUUUGGAUAUUCUCGUGAAACCAUUAUUAAGGCUACAGUUUCGACUCUUAUUAUAGCAGGAUCUGACACUACUUCCUUAAGCUUAGUAUGGACAUUAGCUUUGUUAGUAAACAAUAGACAAGUUUUAAAGCAUGCCCAAGAAGAAAUUGAUCGCAUAGUUGGGAAAGAAAGAUGGGUUGAAGACUAUGACAUAAAGAACUUAGUUUACCUUCAAGCCAUUGUUAAAGAAACAUUACGUCUCUACCCACCAGGGCCAUUAUCAGUGCCACACGAGGCUUGGGAAGAUUGUACAGUUUGUGGAUAUUCAGUUCCAAAAGGUACUCGUUUGUUUGUGAAUGUGUGGAAGUUGCACCGUGACCCAACUUUAUGGUCUGACCCUGAUUCGUUUUUGCCCGAGAGGUUUCUCACGAGCCAUGUAGGAGUUGAGGGUUCGGGUCACCAUUUUGAGUUCAUCCCAUUUGGGUCUGGGCGACGAGCUUGCCCUGGAAUGACUUUUGCCUUGCAAGUCACCCAUUUGACUCUUGCUAGGCUUCUUCAAGGGUUUGAAUGGUCUACGCCAAAGGAAGCUUUGGUUGACAUGGUUGAAGGGUUGGGUAUUACUUUGCCAAGAGUGAAUCCACUUGAAGUUCUUUUAAGUCCACGGUUAAAUAGUGAAAUGUAUUAAUUUAGAAUAAAUUUAAUUGUUAAAUGUAUAAAGUUUAGAAGAGAAUUGUGCUUGCAUGACUUUAUAUGGUGUUUUGUUUUAAUAAUUCUUAAUCGUGUUUUUUAUUUUCAAUAAAUAAAAUGAUUAUAAACAAUGUUUCUUAC